GUCGCUGUGUGGGCUGGGGACUGGGCCGUGCCCCUUGCUGCCCAAGAUGCUGGGGCACCAGGCCCUGGAGACGCCUUCCUCCCCGGCCCAGGGCCCAUGAGGUGUGUGGGUUUCCAGGUGGAAUCUGCAAAGCUGCCUCUGGCUGGGUGUGGAGGACAGGGCCCAGGGUAGACAUGGGGGGCUGCCUCCAGCUGGGGGAGGAGGAUGGGGGAGACAUGGGGGUAGCUGCUGGAGAGCAGGAGAGGCUGGGAGCUGGGGGCAGGCAGUAGGGCAGACUCUAGAAACGUUUGAGAGACAGGCUGUUUAGCAGGAAGCCUGGGGUGGGUGGGCAGCUGGCCUCAGUGGCCUUUCUAGCUCCCCUGGGACCAGGGGUCCCCAAGGCAGGUAGCAGGGCAGUGUCCUCCACAGCCUCCCGCUCAGGGAGUCCCGUGUCGUGUGUGAGCAUGUGUGUAUCUGGGAGCCAGUGUGGCCACGAGUCCACACCGAGGUGACCCCGCUCCUCUUUCCACGUCCUGUGACUAGCUGGAGGGGAGCUCCAGCUCCGUCUUCCUGGCAGACCCUGGACUCGCCCAGAGCUAGGCAGGUCCCCCAGGCCAUUUUGACCCCAGCCUGGCCGAUGACCAGGGUUCCAAGGCUCCGCUCCCUUUGGGGCUGGGCCCGGGCAGAGAAGGACCUGCCGUGUAGCAGCAACUGCUGUGAGUCAUGGAAGGGGAUAUUGGGCGCAGGGAGACCCCAGGUUCAACGCUGCCUCCGUCAGAUGGGGAGGGGCCUCUCCUGCAGCUGGGUGGUGGAUGAAGCCACCAGGUGGCCGUGGGCAAACCUGUGCCCCACAGAGCUGUGUAUGACAGGGGCCACAUGUGGAGGCCCAGAGGUGGCAGGGUGGAGUGGGGUAUGGGGUCUUCUGUGCCCGGGACUUGUUUGGAGCCCAUGCCAGCCCACGGGAGGGCUCCAGGCCCCUGGCACCAGGCCUUGCUCACCCUCAAAGUCCAGGGGGCCUCUAGGCUCAGUGUGGCACGGGGGUGGUACAUUGGGCUUAUCCUGGGGCCAUGGGUGGGGAAGGCUGCGCCCCGAGUCGUGCACCCUGGAGACUCCUGAAAGGACAGGAGGUGGAGGGGCUGGACCUCCAGGCCGGGGUAGGGGGGAGCGGCAGGUGGGAGUGGGCAGAGGAUUCACAUUGCCAGGUGGGUUCUGAGUAUCCACCUACGGGGUGCCUGGCUGCGGAGGCUGCGGAGGAGCAGAAGGUGUCCCCCAAACAAGAGGAAGCUGCAGCCUCAGUUUCCCAGGGCGCCCUGGCCCUUCGCACAGCGGUGUCUACACAGCUGCUCACUGCCUUCCCAGAGGUCAGGCCAAGCCCAGCUCUCCCAAAGCCACCUCAGGGCCAUGGAGACAUCCCCUCCUUUCCAGAGGAGGCUACUGCCUCGCCUCGUGGGGGCACUGGAUGCCUCAGAGAGGCGCAGAGGCUGGCGCUAGGUGGGGCCACUCCCGGGUCCCCCCAGGGCCCUCAAGGGGCCAAGAACUGCAGAGUCCCACCGGGCCCUGCUGCAGACGGGAGACAGGCUGGGCAACAAGGGACUGGCUGGGGACCGAGGUGCAUGGUGGGGGUGCCCGAGGAGGCCAAGAAUACCCCCUACCCCGCCUCAGCCUUUGAGGAAGCCCCUUCCCACCCUGCCAGGUGCAGGCAGGCACCCAGGACCGAGGGACAGCCCCAUCUCCCCACCCCUGGGGGACCCCGGAGCCCCAGCCCCAGCCUGGCCAAGGGCAGCGUGUGCCAGGAGCAGGGUCUCCUGCAGGUCUGGGGCUCCGGGCGCAGGGGGCUGGUCUGGUGAUGGGACGACCUUCCCGUGAAGGGUGGGCCUGCAAGGCGGAGGGCUGGGCCAGCGCACAUUCCCUUCAUCCUCCUCUUCCGUCUGGAUGAAGAGACGGCGUUUCCGUGCUGCUGGCACAGAUGCUGCCUUCACGACUCACGUGGGGGGGGUCCUCGGCCUCCAGUGGGCCCAUCUCACUUCUGUCCCCAUCCCUGGUGUACUGGGCGUGGGGUGUGGGGGGUUUGGGAGGCGGGGGAGGCAGGGGACCUUCCAUCCUCUCCAGCCCUGGAGGGUGGGAUGUUCUGAAGCUCCCUUCCCGGCUCCCUCCGAGCCUGCUCUGCCAGGCUCCAUGGCAACAGAGGCUGUACAUCCAGAAAUUCUCCCCCCACACAGAGGGGUGGGCCAGCUCCGUGCUCUGUCACCUCCCAUGAGGCGCUGGGAUUCAGGGGCUGCCGGGCUCCCAGAGCUGGGCUGGGGACUGAGGAGGGGUAGCAGCCAGCCCCAGGCCUGAUUUAAUCACCACUAAGAGUGUCUCCCUGGGGGUCUGGCUAAGGAGGGGGCCUGUGGGACCGGGAAGGGCAGGCCGGGGAGUCACUGUGGGGCCCCGGGGGUCCGUUUCUAAGUCUUGACAAACAGUUCUGACAACAGCGGUAGCGUUGAGCCGGGGCACUGGCCACGUGGGGCUGGGAGAGGAGGCGGAGGUCAGGGCUCCGUUGCCCGUUCGGUCCAUUCAUCAGGACAGAAAACAAGUUCAGAGAUUCCUCGCUGACUGACCCGGGCAGACAGGGCGUCCCCCGAGGGGAAGGAGAGUCAGGCAGGGAGAGCGCACGUCGCAGCUGGUGGUGUAGACACGGGACACGGUGCAUCUAGCUCACCAGCCAACGCCUGGAUGGUCCAGAGAGCCGGACUGCUGGCGGGAGAGCUGCCUCCCACCCUGGCCCAGCUUGGCCACUGGGUGUGGUGUCGUCUCACGUUCAGGCCGUGGCCUUGGCUGUGCUGUCGUUACAGGAUCCAGGACGGUGGGGACGGGACGGGACCGGACCGGGGGUCGGCGGGGCUGCCCCUGAAGCCAACAGGCCCACCCCGCAGCCGCCGACGGCAUGAGCCAGGGCCCAGCAGUGGCUGUGCGAGGGGCCGGCAGCCUGCCAACUGCAUGUGACCAGUACCACAAGGGCAUCAUCUCGGGCUCCAUCUGCCAGGACCUCUGUGAGCUGCGUCUGGUGGAGUGGAGGACCUGCCUCUCAGCGGCCCCCGGCCAGCAGGUCUACAGCGGGCUCUGGCGAGACAAGGAUGUGACCAUCAAGUGUGGCAUCGAGGAGGCGCUGGACUCCAAGGCCCAGUCGGACGCAGCCCCCCGGCGGGAGCUGGUGCUGUUCGACAAGCCCACCCGGGGCACCUCCAUCAAGGAGUUUCGGGAGAUGACCCUCAGCUUCCUCAAGGCGAACCUGGGCGACCUGCCUUCCCUGCCGGCGCUGGUGGGCCAGGUCCUGCUCAUGGCCGACUUCAACAAGGACAACCGGGUGUCACUGGCGGAAGCCAAGUCCGUGUGGGCCCUGCUGCAGCGUAACGAGUUCCUGCUGCUGCUGUCCCUGCAGGAGAAGGAGCACGCCUCCCGACUGCUGGGCUACUGCGGGGACCUCUACCUCACCGAGGGCGUGCCCCACGGCGCCUGGCACGCGGCCACCCUGCCCCCCCUGCUGCGCCCGCUGCUGCCGCCGGCCCUGCAGAGUGCCCUCCAGCAGUGGUUGGGGCCUGCGUGGCCGUGGCGGGCCAAGAUCGCCAUCGGCCUGCUGGAGUUCGUGGAGGAGCUCUUUCACGGCGCCUAUGGGACCUUCUACAUGUGCGAGACCACGCUGGCCAACGUGGGCUAUACGGCCACCUACGACUUCAAGAUGGCCGACCUGCAGCAGGUGGCCCCCGAGGCCGCCGUGCGCCGUUUCCUGCAGGGCCGCCGCUGCGAGCACAGCGCCGACUGCACCUACGGGCGCGACUGCAGGGCCCCGUGCGACAGGCUCAUGCGGCAGUGCAAGGGUGACCUCAUCCAGCCCAACCUGGCCAAGGUGUGUGCGCUGCUGCGGGGCUACCUGCUGCCGGGCGCGCCCGCGGACCUCCGUGAGGAGCUGGGCACGCAGCUGCGCACCUGCACCACGCUGAGCGGGCUGGCCAGCCAGGUGGAGGCCCAUCACUCGCUGGUGCUCAGCCACCUCAAGACCCUGCUCUGGAAGAAGAUCUCCAACACGAAGUACUCCUGACGCGGCCGCAGGGGCCCUGGCCACCCUUCCUGGAGGCGGCCUGGGGCCUGGGUGCUGGGCUCCAGCCCUGCCUCUAGGAAUCGGUUGGAAAUGUUAAAUGCUGUUGCAGAAUCACGCCCCUAAGGUCAGGGCCCUGGACCCCACACCAGACAUGAGGUCAUCCUAACUCAGAGCGGAGGGAGGAGGCCCUGGAAGGGGUUUGUUACUCUGAAGAACAUGAUGUAAAUAAACAGCUUUUAUGUAAUGCCCAGGGCUGACCACCCUGAGCCCCAUCGACGCUGCGCGUGGGACCCUUUGCCCCACUGUGGAUACCACCUGGCCCAGGCACCCAGGCUGGGGUUGGGUCCCUGAAUCCUGGGGAGGCGGCCCUCUGGUGUCAGUCAAAGGUGAGGUCUAUUCUAGAGCCCCUGCCUGCCCUACACUGCUGAAGGUGCCAGGGCAGUUCCCCAAAAAGGAGCUUCUGAAGGAACCAACGACCAGGACGCCAAACCUGGACCAUGGCACAACAGGCCAAGAAAAAGGCGUUCUAGUGAAACAGACUGAUGCAGCGAAAACACCUUACAAAAUCCAGCCGUGAGAUGUAGAACUCACUCCCUAGGAAACCACCUUGGAAUGUCCGUCUUCUCUGGCCCUGUGCUCUCCCCAGUAGCCCAGGGAACCCAGCAACCAUCCCCCAGUGGGACAGGCAAGGACCCGGGCGGGAAGACCCCAACGCAGGAACACCGCUCAGUGCCGGCUCUGCUCCACAGUGGACGAGUCAAGACAACCCAUUCCGUCCCAGCCCCUUUUAUUCUCAAAUUUUGCCAACACAGAAAUAUUACCCUUGAAGAAAUGUGCAUUAAAUCUUUAAUUCACUUCA